AUAAAAUAUAAUACUCCAUCCAUAUUCUCCCCCAUCUUAUUAUUCAUUCACCAAAAACACAUCAUGGGUUUCCCCGUUGGUUACACAGAAGUCUUCAUCCCUACUCUCUUCAUUCACACUCUUACCUUCUUCACUCUUAUCCGUACCAUCCUCUCUAACCUCUUCACUCUCAUGGGCUUAUCCGAUUUCCUCGAACCCGGCCCAUUACCCGACCCACAACCAACACCCUCUAUAGCCCGAUUGGGACCCACAACCCCACCCUUAUCCGCCAUCUUGACCCGGGAACUUCUCCCGGUUAUUCGGGUAUCCGAAGAACAACAGAAAAAAGAAACAUGUGCUGUUUGUUUAUAUGAAUUUGUUAAAGGAGAAGAAAUCAGAUGGUUAUGCAACUGUAAUCAUAUUUUUCAUCAAGAUUGUCUGGACCGUUGGAUGGACCUUGAUCAUCGUACGUGUCCUCUUUGCCGUACACCUUUUUUACUUCAUGAUUUGCUUGAUCAGUUUAAUCAACGGUUGUUAGCUGCUGAUUCCUGUGAUCUUCAUCAGUAUGUUGAUCAUUUUAACUACACUGGAUUCUCUUCUCUUUAAUUUUAUUUUUUUUUCUUUUUUUUAUAUAAAUAUUAUAAAUACUAGUAUAAUUAGAAUUAAAGUAGAUUUUUUUUAUUGAUUUUGAUGGUGUAUAUUAAUAUGAUCAUGAUGCGGCUGUAAAUAACUAAUGAUAAUUAGAAAGAGUUUAAUUUUGAGAUUAAUGAAAUCUUAUAAUCUAUAUACAUUUAUAUAUAUAUUUUUUUAAUUUUCUUUUGCAAUAAAUUUGAUAAUUAUUUUGAAUUCAAUAGAAAAUAUCUUUUAUAAAUAUAAAAUUUUAGAAAACAUUCUGAAUGAAAUUUAAAAUAAUUAUUAAUUUUAUAGUUCUAUAUAAUUUGUCUUUGAGUUUAUUAUAGAGUACUUCACACCAAUAGAUUUCACAUUUAGAGGUCUUCUAUUUCUUUUAAUAUACUCGCUGUAAUUUUUUUUAAGUUGUAUCAUUUAGUUACGUUAUUCACUCUACUAAUUCAAUUUUAAAUAUUUUUAAUUGUGCAUAAUUAAAAAUUAUUAAAAUUUAAUAUUAAUAAAAUUUGCAUUUAGAUGAAUCAAACAAGAUUUUAAUUAACUAUAUUUUGAAAUUUAAGUUAAGAAUAAAAUGCAAAUUAAAAGUGGUCAAUAAAUAAAUGAGACAAAUUAAAAAAAUUAAAGGGAAUAUAUUUUUUUUGUUAAUACUCCUAUUACUUAAGAAAUUUGCUAAAUGUUUGUUUUAUAUUAAUUAAUUUUCAACACCAAAGUAAAUCCAUUAAUAAUUUUCAUACAACUACUUCAUUAUCUCUUACACUUAUGUUUUAUUUAAAGACGAUUAUGGACAACAAUGAUAAUUUUCUAUCAAUAAAUGAUUUCCUUAAUAUUUGUAUUAAAUGAAAAUAGUGCAAAUAUUAUGAAACAAAAGUAGUAGCUUUUACGACUUCUAUUUAUUCACUUUUAUGAUUUUCACAUCAUUUGUAUUUAAAUGUUUGAGGGAAGAAAUAAACGUAUUUGAAAUACUUGUAAAUUAUAAUGGAUAAUAACAUAUUAUUUGAGAAAACAUUAUUAUUAUUAUUAUUAUUAUUAUUAUUAUUAUUAUUAUUAUUAUUGUACGGUUUUAAUGAUACUAGCUAAAGAAAGUGGAUAGGAGCAAAUGUUUGAGAGGUUCAAAAAUAUUUAUAUUUUUAGAAAAGAAAAAGAAAAAAAAAAAAAAAAAAAAAAAAACCUAAAGAUCAAAGUAAUUGACACAUAUAGCUAGAUAACAAGCGAUAUGAUCGGAUCUUGUCACCUAAGAAUAUCAUAAUUUUGCCAUUAUUUUUUUGUUUUUUUGGAUCACAACUUGUGGUCCUCGAUGUGUAAUUAGUAAUUACUUUUUUUGGUAAGUAAGAUUAACUCAUCAAUUAAAAACAAUUAGCCACUAAUGGAAAUACUUUAUAGAUUAAUUAAAUAAUACACCAGAUAUAUAGAUGUCGACAAUAAAAUUGAUAACUAUUUAAAGUUUCAUUUAAAAUAUUCCCUAAUAUUAUAUUUACCAAUUUUUCAUUUAAUCAAAUUGCCGAUUAGAGACUCUCCUCACCUCCAAAUAAAAAAAUUGUAUAUUUUUCAUUUAUCUUUAUUUUUCAUAACUUUAAAAAUUGUAUAGAAUAGAAUAAAAGACUCAAACUUUUAGAAAUUUAUUUGUAAAAAUCAAUACAAUUAAUAUUUAAUAUACUCCUAUAAAAAGCCUCUUUUGCUUCUUAAAAAAGUACCUUAAACUAGUGUCUCAUAGUUUAGUGGAUUUGGUCAUUAAUUAUUUGUUUCAUUUUUUAUUACUUAAUAACCGAGUAACAUGAUUAUGAUCGGAAUGUGGAUAUAAUAACAAACUUUUUCUUUCUCAUUUUCCAUUUAUUUUUUACACUAAUUCACAAAUUAUUUUCGGUUUGUAUUUUUUUAAUUUAUAAGUUAAAUAUAGUUAAAUGCAAUCUUGCUUAUUUAUUACGAUGUUAAUUUUAUUAUUAUUAAUUUUUGACUUUUUUAACCGAUCAAUAUAAUUAAAGAUAACUAAAAUUAAAAUAAUACAUUAAGAAAUAUAUAAAAUUAAAUAAUUUAUCUUAUAAGAAUAUAAGAGUAUAAAUUCAAAAGUGGGUAGCUUAGUUGGUAGAAACACUUGACAAUUAUUGUAAGAUUAUGAGCUAGAAUCUUCCUAAUGUAACUACCGACUUCUACUCUAUUAAUUUAUUUGGAAGUAAAUAUAAAAAUUUGAAAAAAAAUAGAUGAAAGAAUAUAGACAUAUGAAAUUAAAAAAAAAAAAGAAAUAUUGAA